AUGGAUAAGUCUAAUACAGGGGUACGAAAACGCUACAGAUACAUGCAUGUACUCAACGUAGAUGUGUGUAAACCCGGAGGUCCCAUCCACUCCACACCACUUCCAACCACUCCCAUCCAUUCCCAACCCUUCCCAACCACUCCAACCCACUCCCAACCACUCCCAUCCACUCCCAAUCACUCCCACCCACUCCACACCACUCCCAUCCACUCCAAACCACUCCCAACCACUUCCACCAACUCCCAUCCACUCCCAUCCACUCCCAACCACUCCCACACACUCCCACACACUCCCAACCAACCCAACCACUCCCACCCAUUCCCACACACUCCCAACCAACCCAACCACUCAACACCACUCCAAACCACUCUCACCCAUUCCCAGCCACUCCCAACCACUCCAACACCCUUCCACCCUCCACAACCAACCCAACCACUCCACACCACUCCACCCACUCCAAACCACUCCCAUCCACUCCCAACCACUCCCACCACUCCACAUCCAUCCAUUUCCAACCACCCAAACAACAUCAGCCACACUCCCACACCCAACCACCCAACCACUCCCACACACUCCACACCACUCCAUCCACUCCACACCACUCCAACCACUCCCACCCACUCCCAACCAAUCCCAUCCAUUCCCAACAGCUCCCACCCACUCCCAACCACCCCACCCACUCCCACCCACUCCCACCACUCCCAACCACUCCCAAGCACUCCCACCCACUCCCAACCACUCCCACCCAUUCCCACCACUCCCACCCAUUCCCACACACUCCUAACCAACCCAACCACUCCCACCCAUUCCACACACUCCCAACCAACCCAACCACUCCACACCACUCCCAACCACUCCAGCAAAGCCCAACCACGCCAAAACCCAACCCACCCCAACCACGCACAACGCCAUCCACGCCCAACCGACCCAUACCCACAAACCACGCCCAACCACGUCCAACCACCCCACACACCACGCCCACACACACCACCCACCACUCCCCAUCACCCACCACCCAACACCACCAACCAUCCACGUCCACCAUCCCACACACCAACCACCAACCACUCCCAACCACGCCACACAAUCCAAUCCACCCAACCACGCCCACACAAUCCACCACCACCAAACCACCCCAACCAACACCAACACCACCCCACACCCAACCGCAAAACCACCCAACCAACCCACCACACACACCCCACCACCCACCACGCAAACCCCCCCAACACCACACUCCACACCAAUCCACCACCAACACGCAACCACCCAGCCACCAAUCCAACAACCAAACCCACACCACAACACAACCAACACCACUCCACAUCCCACCACCAAACACGCCAACACCAUUCCCCCAAACCAAAACACCCAACAGCCACACAACCACGCCCAACCACCUCCCAACACAUCCAAACAGCAAAACACCCAACAACACGCCCACAGCCACACACGUCCAACAAUCCCACCAUUCCAACCACGUCCAACACCCACCACUCCCAACCAACUCCCAACCAAACCAACACUCCCACCAUCCACACCACUCCAACAAUCCACAUACACCCACAACAACUCCCACAACCAACCACCAACCAUCCACAAACGCCACCACCACACGCCUCCAACCAAUCAGCCCACCCACCCCAGCCCACCCAACCACGCCCACCAACUACACCCAACCACUCCCACCCCGUCCCACACACCCACCAACCCAACCACUCCCACCCAUUCCCACACACUCCCAACAAACCCAACCACUCCACACCACUCCCAACCACCCCCACCAACCACGCAAACACCCACAUCACACCACCAACCUCCCACAGCACACCGCCGACACGUCCCGCCAUACAACAACCAACCAACCAUCCCAUUCCACACACAUCCAACAACCAACACUACACCACUACACCCACACACCCCACACCACUCCACACAUUCACAUACACUUCCACCCACCCCCAACCAACCAAACCAACCCAACCACUCCUAGUCAACUUCCACCCAUUCCCACGCACUCCCAGCCAACCCAACCACUCCACACACUUCCAACCACUCCCACCCACUCCCACCCAAACACACACAGACCUUUAA